GACCAUCACGCUCGGUUGGAACCAUGCAGUUGUAUUAUUCAACCGAGUUGUUUUCUUUCAUGAUAUUAUACCAAUAUUUGUCAGUAUUACAUCUUGUUGUAGGAACUCUAAGAUGCCUCUUGCUUUUUUAUGGCAGACUGAAGAAAAUAACAAGUAACUUCAUCUUUUUUCGAAAUAGUUUCAUUAUACUUAAAAUUUCUAACACUGUAAGGAUUGCAUUGAAAGUCUUUUUUUGACGGUUGAUUUUUCCUCAUAGGCACGUAGUGAUCACUUCGCAGUCAGAAUACCUUCUUUUUUAUUAACUUAUUUUAUAAUAAAACAAUAUAGACUUUUCGAAUAAUGAAAGAGUAUUUUCAAUUGGCUAAGAAUAAAAAAUUGUGACACCAUUUAAGAAGUCUUGGCCAUUAUCCCGUUUCUCUAAAUGUUUACUCAGAUCUUUUUCGGUAGGGUUGAUAUCAACUACGACAACAACAAGGACGUCAACCACUACUACAACAUCAACAUCAACCACUGCUACAACAUCAACAUCAACUACGACUACAACAUCAACAUCAACUACGACUACAACAUCACAAACAACAACGACAACAACAUCUACAACGACGACAACAACAACUACGACAACAACAACAACGACAACAACGGCAACAACAACAACAACAAGUAUGUGCAUGUGUUCGAUGUUUUCAUAA